UAAAUGUAAUUACUUUUACCCUCUCUGAUUUCCCGGCUGUGCUAUUAAACCUGAAGAGGAAGACGAAGACGAAGACGAAGACUUUGGGUUUUUGAAAUUGUGAUUCUUUCUCUCGCCGCUGUACGAUGGGGGAGCAGAGGAAGCUUUUCAAGACGAAGCUGUGCGCUUUGUAUGAGAGAGGGCGGUGUUCGCGCCAGAGCUGCUCUUUUGCUCAUGGCGAGGUUGAGCUACGUCGUUUUCAAGGCCCUUUUCACGAUGGUCAUGCCAAUUCUCCUCUAUCAAAUGCUUCUGUGAUAAGCUACAAACCUGAGAGCCGCUUUGAAACUGGCAAGGAUGCAACAUUAUUGUUCAUUAUUAUGUUACCCAUGUUUUUCCAUAAUGGUAGGCGGGACUCUGGAGUUAGUGACUUGAGGGAUACAAUUGAUAGAAGCUAUUCUCCAAGGCGUGGGUAUUCACCAGCAAGAGAUGCAAGAGGCCGACAUACACUUCGUGACUAUAGUCCAUCCAGGUCCCUUGAAAAUGAAAGUAAGAGUAGGAAGAGACAGCACUUGGAUGAUCACAGUGAUUAUUCUGGAAGUUUGAGAAUUCCAAACGAGCCUGAAGAUGAAGCUAAAGAAGCCAGCAGUGUUAUUCAAAAGAAGUUACAGGUAGUACAGUCGGAGCUCAAAAUGGUUGAGCACCGGAGAUCUCAAUUAGAGAUCUACCUGGGAGAGAGGUCUAAAGAAGUGGAUAGUCUUACUUCAAAAAUACAAGAGCUUGAGGCUCAAUUAUACAAAGAGAAAGAGGAAUGUAAGAGGAUCUCCCAUAAAGUUAAGAAGUUUGUAAAAGCACAUUCUCAUCAUUCAAGGAUACAAGACCAACUUAAGAGAUCACAGGUCCGACUAAAUAAGUUGGGAGAUCAGCUUGGUUUAGAUACUUAUGGAAUUGAUGCCAAUGAAGAGGAUUCAAGCAUUAAUAUUGUCAGCGAUGGGGAGACUCAUUUUCCAGUCCCCAUAAAUAAGGAGCGGCUGAAUGAUGUUUCUCCAAGCAAGAAAAGGCUCGAUGUAAAUAGGGAUUCUGCCAAAGAACCAAAACAAGCUUUUCCAACAAGAGAGUACCUUACCACAACAAGAAGACCUCAGAAGCUCUCUCGGUGGAACAUAAACCCUGCGCAAUCAAAUUUUGUGCAUGAAAAUGAUGCAAUGAAUAACGGAAUUGGGAGUCCAAAGCUCUUAGCAAAGGACGACAAGCAUGACAGGAGCAAGGCUGCUUCCUCUAGCGUCGUCUCUGCUGAUGUGAUAAAGAGUUCAGAGUCAGGACCUGUGGUACCCUCAACCAGCAUGGCAGCUCACGCAGUGGAUACUGAAAAUGACAUUGAACUGGACGUUAAAGUUGAGAAUGUUGAGAAUGUUGAGAAUGCUUCUAGAAGAAUCGAGGGGGAACCUACAUAUGAGAGCGGGAUCUUUCCAUUUCCACUUCCUCCACCACCCCCAUUCCCUCCGAAGAACUUUCCACAGCAUGAGGGCAAUGAUGAGAUUGUAGAUAUUGUGGAUGGAGUUGUGUAGGAGAUGAGCAGUAAGAUGAUUAGUCUCUGUGUUUGGGGAUGGAGUUGAGUAGGAGAUGACAGUAACAUGAUGAAUCUCCUUGUUUGGAGAUACUGGAAGAGAUUAGUGAAUGAGCAGAACUCUAUACAGAUGGUUUUUGUUUUUUGGGCUGAGAAUGUAAACAGCAAUUAGUUGAUUUAUAUAUGUCCCUUUUCCCGUCUUUCCCUCAA